AGGCUCCGGAGACGAUCGGGCGAGUUUGAGAACCGCCACGAUCUGGCUUCGCCCGCGGGCUGAAGGGCUUUGAUCGGGGUAAAGAAGCGAAUUAAAACUCUUCUGUCUCAAAGAAACCGAGAAGAUUGCAGAAACUCAGCAGGUCCGGUAGCAUUUGGAGAGAGAGAGAGUGUGUGAGAGAGUUAGUUUCCGGCGUAACUCAGAUGAUCAUUGACUCCAGCGUGGAAAUGUGAUAUCCUUUGGGUUCAUUUAAUCAGUGCAGAAAAAUAGGCGCUGGCUGAAGUCAGCAAACAGAUCUGCCAGUCACUGAACCAUGAGGAUCCUCAAUGAAUACCUCUGCUCGACAAAAUGUGCGUUCAACUUACUUCAGCUGUUUAUUCUACUGAGUUACUGCAUCCAAAUUACCAGUGGCACCGUCAAAAUGGAAUCUUACUGUGCUCCUGGAAGCUCUAUGUUCUUCCCUGGGGUUGAUGAGUAUGAACGGAGCACAGCAGAAUUUUACCAGUGGAAAGUGUCCAAUGGAGGUACAACGAAUGGGCUCGAUAAGCUGUCAAAUCUUUUGAUAUUAAGCAGCUGCAGCUUCCCCCAUUCUGCCAUCAUGCUGACCUGUAAUGUUUCUGGACAUCCUCAUGAGUAUCAAUGGCUGAAAGAUGGAGGGAACAUCUCUCAACAUCACCAACUAGUAGAAGAAAACAGAAGCCUCAUCAUUCUGAAUGCUGGGAAAGAUGACCGUGGCACGUAUAUUUGCAUUGCAAUCAAUCCUGUCAGCUCUGUCCAAGCUCAUUAUACGUUAUCUAUUAAUGAUCUGUCACAAAUUCGUGAUUGCGCAUUACCAUUAUCCAUUCCUUCGCUGGUUACUGCUGCUUCUGCCUUUACCUGCACAAUAAUUUCAUGCUUCAAGGCUGAAAGAUAUCUCCAGUUUCUCAAACAUGGAUUACAAAUCUUGGCGUUGGUACUUCUUAUCGCACUGUUUGUGUAUUGGAUUGUAAUUGAAGCUUACGUUUUGAUGGUCGGGGCUGUGCUAUCCACAUCAGGUGAAAUCGCUGUGAUAUGUCUGUCGACAUCUUUGAUUGCAGGAAUAACCUAUCCAGACAAAGGAUGUGAACCAGCAGCCAAUCUACAAUCAAACUUAACUGUUGCUUCUUACGUGUCAAUCGCUUUCCUGAUGGCACUUCUUAUCUUUCACACUAUACUUGUGAAACGAGAUCUAGAAAUCGAUCUGAAAAAUCCCAGUGUAAACAGCGCCGAUAAGCAUGAGCAAGUUGAGCUAACUGAAGAAUCAUGUAAAUUCACUAGCACUGAUCUGAGUGAAGAGAUGCUUCAAUCUGAGAGCACUGUUCUCAAUGAAGAAUUGCCUUAAAUUGUAAAACACCGUUCCCAGUGGCCAACUACCUCCUGUCCAGGAGCACUGCUACAGUUUGAGGAACUCCUCCUUUUAAUUCAGAGUUUCAACUUUUGCAGAUGACACUUCCACUCAAGGCAAAAUUUACUGAAAUCAUGCCUGAGGCCUCUCACACUGUCAGUGGCUCUUCAGAAAGUAACAGGUGCCUUGGAAUUUGUAUCCCAUUUCCCUUCAGUUUGAACUCAAUUCCUGCCUGGAAUUUUUCAAUAUCAAAAGAAAUAGGAACAGGAGGAGGCCAUUCAGCCCACUUUGCCAUUCAGUAAGACUGUGGCCGCUCUGGAUGUGAACUUAACUCUACUUUCUGGCCUGUCUCCCCACCCUAUAAUAACCCUUGCUAACUCAACUGUCUACCUCAACCCAGAUUGUGUUCUAUGACCCGGACUCCGAUACUCUGGAAGAAAAUUCUGAAGUCUGAUGAUAUUCUGAGGAGGAAAGCAAACCUUCUCAUCUCUGUCUUAACAUGAAGCCCUCUCACUGUUUCAAACACACUCCCUAGUUCUAGAUUUCCCCAACGGUGUUAACUUCAGUUUAGCAUCUAUCAUGGUAUCAUCCCUCAGAGUGUGAUAUGGGAAUAUAAUACUUUUUUUCAAUGAGAAUACAUCUUUUUUGAAACUCGUGGGUAAUGGCCUGCACUACUCAAUCCUUUAUUCAUAAGGUAACUGUUCUAAAUUAACUCUAACUUUCCAUUUUAGAAAGAAGAAAUAUGUACACUAUGCUAGACCAAGAUCCCCAGUUCAGACCAGUGCUUCACAUUUCUCCACUUCCCAUCCCUCAGUCUUCCCAUCCACGGCCCUCCACAACAUUGCCCCUUCUCCCUUUCCCUCCUUGCCUCCACCUUGCACCCCUUUCUCCCUUCAACCCCUCACCUCUACCAAUCCCCUCCCUCCUCACCCUCCACAUUCCCACUUAGCUCUCAUCUUCUCUGCCCCUCCCCCAACCUCCGAAGACACCAUCCACCCUUCUCACCCCAUCCUUACUUCUCCACCAUCCACCCCUCACUCUCCAUCCAUCAUCCCUUAUUUUUUCUUUUCUUACACCUCCCCUUAUAUCCUCCUCCUCAUCACCCCUUCCAUCCCCCUCUGCCCUCUCACAUGUACCCAUGGCCUCCUUUCACCUCUUCUC